AUGAACAAACUAAUCACUCUAUUAGGACUGGUAGUACUUAUUCAGAUAUGCAUAGCCGAAAAUCCGCGGUAUGACCCUAGAUACAAGCGGGAAGCUACUCCAGAAAGAUACGCAGAAAAUCCUCGUUAUGAGCCAAGAUACAAGCGGGAGGCUACCCCAGAAAGAUACGCAGAAAAUCCUCGUUAUGACCCCCGAUACAAGCGAGAGGCUACCCCAGAAAGAUACGCAGAAAAUCCUCGUUAUGAGCCAAGAUACAAGCGGGAGGCUACUCCUGAUAGAUAUGCUGCAGAAACUCCAUCAAAGAGAUACAAGCGAAGUGCCAUUCGACGAGGGCGGUUUGGUGCUGGACGUCGAGGUGUUAGAGUAAAUGAUAAUGGGCGUGUCAUUAGAAAGGGAAGGCGUGUUCAAACCCAACCCCAAGAGCAGGAGGUGAACUUCCAUUAUCAGUACCUGUAUGAGCCCUCCUACUAUUUUGACACACCUAUAUAUGGACCAGGACCCAGUGAACUGGACUGUUCCUGUAAAAACACAGAUUGUGGACAUGACGAGUUUGAGAGUGGUGACUGUCCCAAUGACGAGAAGCGAUGCUGCAAGUUUGACUAA